GAGAAACAGGGUGGGAAAAGGUCAUAAAUCACUAGAUUUUAAAAGUUUUUCUUAAAAAAAAAUAUAUUAAUACUAUAAUUGCACCCAAGGGAACAUAAUAAUACAAUAAAAAAAACCAUGUCAUGACCCCUUUAAGGAUAAUUUUUUGGCUUCAAUAUCUCAGAAAAGAUUAAUCUUUCCCGUAGCGUAAGCUAGCUUACGCAAUACGAGAGAACCUCUCGUAAGAGAACACAAGAUGUGUCUUCACUUUAUGUUGUAUAUUACUCUCUUUUCCACUAUUUUGACAUCAUCAGUCUCCUUGGCAAUAAUAUGAUUUCAAGCUCGAUUACACUUCCUAGCUUCAUCUAUAGCUUUGUGCGUGCGUUAAACUUUAGGAAAUAUAACCGGACUCGAAAUCACGAUCUUGCCCAGAGACUGAUGUACAGUGGCAAACUGUACAGUGAAAAUCUUAGUUUAUGUUCUGCAGAAGAAAGAAAGUCAUACACAUCUGGGAUGUUAUGAGGGUAAGUAAAUGAUUAGAGAAUUUUAAAUUUUCUGUAAACUGUAGUAGGCUACUGUGCAAACGUCUUAGGCACAUAAGAUGUUUCACAAAAACAUUUGUCUUAAAAUGGUUAUUUAUAUCUUUUACUUUAAUGUGUCAAUAGGAAAUAUACAUUUUAUACUCCCAAACAUUCCUUUUGCAAAUAGAAAAUAUUAGAUUAGAAGAACAGGGAGCCCUGCAACAGAUGGCAAGCCCUAACAGAUUACAUGAAAAGACAGAAGUGAUUGAGACCAAGAAGCUUGGAACAUCAUAUCUGCCAACAACCAAGAAAAACUGUGUCCAGGUGUAAGAAGGAGAAUUGGUGCUGUUUUCAAGGCAAAAGUGUUCACACCAAAUAUUGAUUUAGCUCUUUUUCUGUUUACUGGACUUUGUAUGACGUUAAUUGAUUAAUGAAAACUAUUUAUGUCAUUUUGUUUUUAAGAAAUCCUCACAAAGUUUUUCACAAGUGCCUAAAACUUAUGUACAGUACUGUAUUCCUUUAAUGUUACUUGCCAUCUAGGACAUGGAACAACAUCCUUGUUGGUCUUGGAACAACCUUAUAAUCAACCAAUCAGAUUUGAGUGUUCGGGUUUAUGGCAGGGUUAACUACAUUCUUUCAAUCUAAGAGUUCUCUUUCAUUUUUAAAUGUAGUUAUAGGGUUAGGUUUUUAAGGAUGGUGUUUGUUUGAUAGGAAUUUUUCUCCAGGACUAUCAAAGGACUGGAUGUUGACUUGUGUAAAUUAUUUUGCCAUCUCCUAGUUACCUUUAAUGUAAACCCCUACUGGAAUAUUUCCCCUUAGAAUGUCUGACAAUGAGAAAACAGGUGGGAUGGACAAAGAGACAUCACAGACUAGCCAGGAGCAACAGAGCAUAGUAUCCAGGGUGGGUAAUCUGCCGUUGGUGAGUUCAGCAUGUGAUGCGGUGUACAAUGCCUACAGCACUACUAAACACAGUGUGUCACUCCUGAAAGGAGUAAUGGAGGUGGCAGAGAGUGGGGUGCGCACUCUGGGUGCUGCUGCUACAACAGGUUCCAAACCCAUACUAGACCGACUGGAACCACAGAUUUCAGUGGUAAAUGAAUACGCUAUGAAAGGGCUGGACGAGGUAGAAGAAAAAUUUCCCAUUUUACAACAACCAGCAGACAAGUUGGUAUCAGACACAGUGGGCAUGGUGUACCAAUCUGUGUCAGGAGCUAAGGAUGCUGUGGUGGGGGCUGUGUUGGGGGGUGUGGAAAAGACCUGUAUGGCUAUGACCGAAGGCAUAAAUACCGUCAUGGGGUCCCGUGUGGGCCAGAUGGUCAGUAAUGGUGUAGACAAGGCUCUCACACACUCUGAAGACUGGGUGGAUCAAAACCUUCCACUCAGUGAGAAAGAGCUUGCUGCCCUGGCUGAACCAAGGCCAAGCGAAGAGGAAGGAUUCAUAGUGACUUCUCACCCUAGUUACUUUGUCCGCCUUGGUAAGUUGUCUGCCAAGGUCAGGGAGAGGGCACUUGAGCAAUCCCUAGCCCGCAAAGCCAGAGACACCACACAUGUGGCUGUGACUCAAAUCACCAGCACUUUAGACUGGCUGGAAACUGCCCGGGCUACCUUAGCCAGUGCCAACCAGCAGCUAGGGGGAACUCCAGAGAAGUUACUUCAGAACUGGAAAGAAUGGAAGGAAGGGCCUCCCAAGGAACUGGAGAAAAAAGGAACAGGGGUGGCAGAGGUGGAUGCUGCACAAGACCAGAGAGAGCAGCUGGAGAGGAGAGCCCUGUCAAUGGUUCAAAGUCUAAGUGACCAGCUGAAGGUUGCGUGUUCAGGGGUUGUGUCUAGUGUACAGGGUCUCCCAGGCACCAUGCAGGAACAGCUUCUUAAUGCUCGACAUACAGCUGAAGAACUCCAGGCAUCUCUGGCUAGCACCAGGACCCUCACUCCCUUCCUCCUACAGCAAACACGCCAGCAGAUUACACAGUUACGACAAUCUUUGGAUGGAGUCAUAGAGUAUCUCCUCAAUAACACGCCUCUCAAUUGGUUGGUUGGGCCCUUUGCACCUCAGAUAACAGUGAAAGGGUAAUCUGCAAAUGGCACCCAAAUAAAGGACAUGUCUUGAUGAAUGACAUUAAUAUAUGCUCCAAAUUGUCACAUUGUAAUUAUUUCCAUUUUAAAAUAGACAUUAAAAUGUUCACUCAUUGCAAAUAAAAAUACAUAUUUUUAGUUCAUCAAUGUCAGUAUUUUCAACCUAGAGUAUUGGAAAUGUACUAAUGAGCUAAUAUAUGUCUAUCGAAGAUGAUCUCAACUGAAAGAAAGCAAACGCCGUCCUUCGUUGUCACUGAUUUUGUAUGAAUUAUUUU